CACCAAUCACAGCUGCACACAAUUAAAUCAAACAAAACUAAAUGAAACUGUACUAAACAACUACCGGUAAAGAUGGUUUUACAUCUGAAGUUAAAUUAAAGUCUAAAACAUUAUAUGAGUUUAUGUGACAGCAGGAAAAAUGCAGUGACCCUGACCAGAUAGAGCAGAAGUGAGUCAGAAGGCUGAAGUUUUCUCCUCAGACACAUUUCACUCCUCAGAGCAACAUCUCAUGUCGUGCGAGAAGUGGCGCAGCCCCUCAGCUCAACUUGAGUUGCGCAGGCCGGUCAAACUUUUAGUGUUUACGCUUUCAUGUGUUCAGACUUAUAAAAUAACUUUUUCAUAACUCUUUGAAUGCACAGGAAAAAGCUGCCUGCGCAAAAUAUGUGCGCUGAUUGCCCAACUUCUUCCGCGGAAAAGGACCCAAUCGGGAUGCAGUCGAAAACCGAGCUCCAAACUGGCCCUCGGGGUAAAGGUGUUUGUAAGAAAGGAUGCGGGCUCCUGCUGUCCGGUGAGGAUUUUAACAAAGAGGACCACUGUUGUGUGGACUCGCUCCGCACGGUCACCGAUGCGCUGGAAGAAAGAAGCGCGACUUUGGAGCAUGAAAACCGGAUGGCGAGGCUCAGGUGGAACAGGAGGGAGCAGUCCCUGUUAGCCCAGGUGUCAAGUCUGCAAAACGAGGCCAGGCUAUCGGCUCUCAAGUACCAACGGAGACUGCACCAACACAUGCUGCACAUCAGCAGCAUUGCAGAGCAAGUCACUGGGUACUACAAGAGAGAUGUGAGAACAGCUGCUGACACGCAGAGCCAGAUAUCAGAUACAGCAACAUGCGCAGAGCGAACGCCACAGGAGCAGCUCUACGCACCUGGGGUGAAUGGGAAGGAGUUGUCCAAAUCCAACCAUGAGGAGACUGCGGAGGCCUUUCGGGCUUCCAAGGACCCCGUCGUGGUGCAGGUCAUCAGGCGGACCCCCAGUGGCCGCCCCCAUGGCCCCCCUCAGGAAAUCCAUGUGGUCGAUGUGUGCACUCAGACCGACAUCACCUUUGAACACAUCAUGGCGCUGGCAAAGCUCCGGCCUUCGACCCCUCCUGUGCCUGACGUCUGUCCAUUUCUGCUCUCUGACAGCUGUCAUUCUCUUCAUACAAUGGACCAGGAUUACUAUGAAGGGACAGGCUACCUCUCCCCUGUACCGGCUGAUGGAGAGAGGACAGAGGAGUUUGAGUAUGAGGAAGUGGAAUUGUGUCGACUCAACAGCCAAGAGAAGUUGGGGCUAACUCUGUGCUACAGAACAGAUGAAGAGGAAGAUGUUGCCAUCUAUGUCAGUGAGAUCAGUCCAAACAGCAUCGCUGCCAGAGAUGGCCGCAUCAGAGAGGGGGAUCGCAUUUUACAGAUUAAUGGCCAAGAUGUACAAGACAGAGAGGAAGCAAUGGCUGCACUCUCCAAUGACGAGAGUAGGAACAUCGUACUGCUGGUUGCCAGACCUGAGAUGCAGCUGGAGGAGGCCUGGCUGGAUGAUGAGCACAGUGAGUUCCUGGAGCAGCUGAAGAUGGAAAUGUUGGAGGAGCAGCAGAGAGAGGAGAUGGAAUUGGCUGCCUUACAGGAAGAGCAGGAGAAUGAGCAGAGAGCAGAAGACGACGAGCCCACCUGCUCCACACUCCCUUAUCAUAAAGAUAGCGUACUGAGUAUAAAAGACAGAAUGGAGUGCUCAGAGCAUAAUGUCCUGGCACACAUACAGAGACGCUUGUCCCAGUGCCUGAGAGAAAAUCAGGACACACACCUUGCCACCGGCUCCAUGCGGCUGGAAGACAAAGAGGAUGAGGACGAUGAUGAGAUGGAUGGCGAUCGUUUCCAGCAGCUCUUGGAGCUGAAGUGUCAGAUACGUAACAGCGGUGAGUACGAUUUGUUCUACAGCCGCCGCAGCACCAUUGAGUGCAACAUGGGAGAGCAGGGCGGCGUACAGCAUGAGCUACGUAUGCUCAAUGAGGAACUGCGCAGCAUCGAACUAGAAUGUCAGAACAUUAUGCAGGCCCAUAACCUCCGUAAGGGCCAGCAGUCUCCCUCCACAGGCCACUCUGCACCCUCAACCAAAGACCAAAGCUUCCAUCGAAGUGACCCCUCAAGGGGUAAGCUGGCUGAAAUUAAUGAGAGGCUGGAGAAAUCAGACAAGGACAGCUCCAGUGCCUAUAACACGGCGGAGAGUUCACGAAGCACUCCUUUGGCAAUGGACCGCUCGCCGGAGCACUCACUCCAGAGGAUGGUUAGUCUCACCAACCAGAGGAACCUCCGCAGCAGCCUUGCCACUGGGCCUUCUCUUAGCCCAAGCCCCAUCCCAGCAUGCCUUGCUUCAGCCCCAGGGGAAAGCAGCAGCCAUGACAACAGCAAUCCUUCUGAGUCGAACCAGGCAUCUCAGGCUGAGGAGGAGAGCAGGGGCAAGUUAAAGCCAUUUGCUUCCCAUAUCCCUUACUUCUCUCCAUCCCACAGUUCCCAGCAGAGGCAGGUCAACAUCCCAUCACAUGCCCGCCACUACCAGAGCUACAUGCAGCUCAUCCAGCAGCGCUCAGCUGUGGAGUACGCUCAGAGCCAGCUCAGCCUGCUCAGUGUCUGCAAAGAGCCUCAGAGGCCCAAUAAUGAGCCCAAGAUGGAGUGGAAGGUCAAGAUCCGCAGUGACGGCACGCGCUACAUCACCAAGAGGCCUGUGAGAGACAAGAUCCUGAGGGAGCGAGCCCUAAAGAUUAAAGAGGAGCGUAGUGGGGGAAUGACCACUGAUGAUGAUGCAAUGAGUGAAAUGAAGAUGGGGAAGUACUGGAGUAAAGAGGAACGAAAGCAGCACCUGGUCAGAGCAAAAGAACAGAGGAAAAGACGAGAGUUCAUGCAGCGUAGUCGGCUGGAAAGCUUGAAGGAGAACCCUCAGAGCAGCAGCGAGGGUCGCAAGGAAGUCAGCAUUAUAGAGCUCAGCCAGAAGAAGAUGAUGAAGAAACGCAACAAGAAGAUCCUGGACAACUGGAUGACCAUUCAGGAACUGAUGACUCAUGGUACCAAGGCCCCUGAGGGAGCCAAGGUGCACAAUGCCUUCCUAUCAGUCACUACUGUAUAAAAGAAAAAACACACACACAUUCUACCCCAUGCGGUAUAAUAUACUUGCCUCGUUAAAUGUGGCAUUUUUAUGAGGACAAUAGGAAUAUUUUUCACACUUUAUAACCCAAAAAGCAUUUUGUAAAGAAUUUAUCAGUGGUGCCAUGCGACUUUCUUCAUGCUUUUCAGUAUUGUUUUUCACAUCACUCUGCGGGACAAACAUUUUUCUAUGAAAUUAUGACUAUAUAAUUAUUUUAUUACUUCGCUCUAAACAUUUUUAUCUUUUCAAUUCUAUUUUCAUAUUUAUGUUGCAACCAUUAAACUCAAAAUGGUUGUAUGAGCAGUUUAAGAAAAGUUAAGUGUUUUCAGUUGUGUAAUUUGUAUACAAUUCCAACACACAGUGAAUCAGUGGGUUUCCAGUUUUCACUUCCUUUUUAUGCUUUUUCAUUAACAUGUCUACUUAUCCUUUAAAGCUGAAAUAUAUAACUCACUCAGUGUUGUUGACAGGUAGUUGAAAUGAUGUUUCAGACUAUUGGUGCUUAGACAUGAACAUGAAGUCACAAAGUCCACCACACACAUCAGGAUAUUAUGAUAAAGGUUAAAGUAAGGUACAAAUUUCAGCUUUAAAAGAUGAUAGCUUGAAAAAAGAGUUGAGAUCAAAUAAAUUCUUUGCUUUAAAUAGGAACUUAUCUUACAUUACUAUCAUAGUACUGUAUAACUUGCUCCUAAUAAUGGUUGAGCAGAACUACGGCAAGAAUGUGUUUCACUGCAAACUGCCCUAUCUCUAUGACGUUUUAGAUCUCUAAAACAUUGUAAAUUGUUAAUAUGAGCAAAAGUUACACGGCAACAAAUCAUAACUUUUGCUAAUGUCAUUUUUAUUAUCCGCAAUUUUAUAAAAGCCUCUUUUAAAAGUUCAAUACCUCAUGUUACAGUGAAAUACAAUAAUAUAAGCUGCUACACUGGUCAAUUGAAAAACAACUUUGUGGACACAGGAUUUAUGUACUAUAUAUAUUGUACUUAUGAAUUUUUUUUUCGCAUUAAGGAAACAAACAUCCUAAGAGUCCAAAAUAUUCAGACUCAUUUGCAGUGCUGCAGCUUUGUUUGUAAGGUUUUCAUCUUUUGAUAACAUUUAUUUUCUAUUGAGUUUUAUUUUUCUUUCAUAUUUUGAGGUUUUUAUUCUACAUAUUCAACAACAGAUGGACCUGCUCAUAGCUUUUACAUACUUUUCACAUAUUUUUACAACAUCAUCAUACACCUUUACUCAGCAUAGCCUUAACAGCAAAGACUGAAUCAAUGAUCCAAAUCCCAAUUCCAAUAAAAACAGAAUAUAAUGAUUUGCAAAUACUUUUCAACCUAUAUUUAAUAGAAUACACGACAAAAACAAUAUCUUUAAGGUUCAAACAGAUACACUUUAUUGUUUUUUUUCAAACAUUCACUAAUUUUGAAUUUGUUGCCUGCAACAUGUUCCAAAAAAGCUGAGACGGGCAUGUUUACCACUGUGUUACAUCACCAUUUCUUUUAACAACACUAAAUAAGCGUUUGGGGACUGACAACACUAAUAACAUUUUCAUGGGAGACUAUAGUCUAGUACCCGCACUCUUUUACUACGAAGCCACGCUGUUGUAACACUUGCAGAAUGUGGCUUAGCAUUGUCUUGCGGAAAUUAGCAGGUACAUCCCUGAAAAAGAUUUUGCUUGGAUGGCAGCGUAUUUUGCUCCCAAACCUUUAUGUACCUUUCCGCAUGGUAGAGUUUCAACUUGAAUUUGUAGAUGUAGUGACCAACUGUGUUAACUGACUCAACCUGAAGUGUUCCUGAACCCACGUGGUAAUAUGCUUUACAUAAUGAUGUGAGUUUUUAAUGCAGAGAUCAAUGGUCACAGGCUUUUAAUGUUGUUUUUUUGACCUUGCCGCUCAUGUGCAGAGAUUUAUCCAGUCUUUGAAUCUCUUGAUGAUAUUAUGGACUCUAGAUCAUGAAAUCCCAAAACGGUCUUAAACUGUUGGACUAUUUGCUUACGCAGUUGUUUGCCCCAUCUUUGGUAGUGAACAACUGAGCCUUUUUGGGAUGUUCCUUUUAUAACUAAUCCUGACACUCACCUGUUUUCAAUUAACUUGUUCACCUGUGGAAUGUUCAAAACAGGUGUUUUUUGAGCAUUCCUCAACUUUCUCAGUCUUUUGUUGCCCUUGACUCAGCUUUUUCGGAACGUGUUGCAGGCAUCAAAGUCUAAAUUAGUGAAUAUUUGCAACAACAAAAAAAAUUUUAUCAGUUUGAACAUUAAAUAUCUUGUCUUUUUGGGGUUAUUCAAUUAAAUAUAGGUUGAAAAGAAUUGCAAAUCAUUGUUUUCCAUUUUUAUUUACAUUUUACACACUGGCCCAACUUCAUUGGAAUUGGAGUCUGUACAUUUGUGUGGCAACAGAGAGGUAUUAUUCAUCCUUAUUUAUGCAUAGUAUAAUUUGAGUUUAUUGUAACUGGAAAAUGUUUUGCGGUCGCAUUAAACGUGUUAGGAUGAUUGCCACUGAGCAGGACUCAGAACACAGCAUAUUAGAUCAUUGAAACCCUACACUGGUGAAAUGAAUAGGUUGCCAUUUAUCAACAGACUUUAUAAUCCAGUUACAUGUACAGUAUACUCAUUCCAAAUGCCUCAUUUUUAACUGAAAUAUUGUAAAUUGGAAAUUUUAAACCGAUCCCUGUAUUUGUUUUGAGUCAAUGUCAAUGGUCUAAUUUCAAGUAAUGCGUAGUUGGCACAUUUGUAGCCAGGUAAAAUGUGUGAUAAUGGUGAUCUUUGCAAAAGAAAUGAAAAUAAAUUAUUGUUUUUUUGGUAUCA